AUGAUGCACCGAGAAUCUUGCGCUUGUGGCACCAGCAGUUUAGAACUGUUUAAAGUGCCCCCGACCAACGUCACUUUAGAAGAUUCGAAAUGGAUGGAAUAUUAUCCCAUUUCCAGUACCCUCAACUCGGAUACGGCUCCGAUUGAAUUUGAAAUCAAAGGACAAGGAGAUGAAUAUCUGGAUUUAUCCCAAACUUAUCUCCAGAUGGGCUGUAAAUUCACGAAAGCCAAUGGAACGAAUCUCACAGGAGGCCAUUCGACCUCCACCCCCGUGAAUAACAUUCUCCAUUCCUUGUUCAGUGAAAUCGAUGUCAGUCUCAAUGGAAAAGUCAUUACCCCGGGGACGGAUACUUAUCCCUACAAAGCGUAUCUGGAGAAAUUGUUGUCUUAUGCACCCAAGACUCUGGAAACCCAGAUGAGAGCCUGUAGCUUGUGGGAAAAAGAUACGGCAGGACAUAUGGAUGAGGUCAAAUUAGAAGCUCUGGCUCAAACUCCUGUGGAAUUUGCAGUAGUGAAUAACAAAGUCAACAUCGCGGCCGUCAUCCCGACUCCCGAGUAUCCGGAUGAUUCCAAGAAUGUAGGGUUGAGAAAACGUCACGAGAAGAUUACAGACAGUAAGGAGAUCGUGUUGAUGGAUCGAUUACAUCUGGAUUUGUUUGAGCAAGAGAAAUGUCUCCCUAAUGGUUUGGAUGUCCGUCUCAGAUUCAAUCGCGCUCGACCCCAGUUCUACAUGAUGACCGAUGCCGGGAGUAGUGGGAAAGUGGUCAUUCAAAGUAUGAUCUUGUGGGUGAGGAAAGUCAAACCUGUGCCGAGUAUCAUUAAUCUCAUCAAUCAGCAACUGAGUACUCAAACGGCGAAAUAUCCAUUGAGACGAGUGGAAGUGAAAACCUUCACCAUUCCUAGUGGCACCCAAUCUAAAAUCACCGAUCAUCUGUUUCAAGGACAGAUGCCUAAACUGAUCGUGUUGGGCUUUGUGGACAAUGCGGCUUUUAAUGGGGAUAAUACCAGAAACCCCUUUCAUUUCCAAAAUGAGAGAUGUGUGGAUUUCACGAAAGAUCAAGAAGCCCAGACGGAUAAAUUUCAUCUCAUACAGACGGGGAACUUGAGAGUGGAAGUGCAAUUUGCCGCCAACGUAGCCAGGACCUUAAACUGUGUGGUGUAUGCCGUGUUCGACAAUCUGCUAGAAAUCAACAAACAACGAGAAAGACCUUCCGAAAACCGAGAACCCAUCAAGGACAAACUUGUCAAUGUCAAAGACUGA